UCUUUUAAAUGUAUUCAUUUUUAUUUACAGCAAAUCCUUCAAGCCAACAACAGCGCUUUAAACUUAGACUUGAUAAAAAAGAUCUGCAGCAGAGUGUUCCUGAAUCUCUUUCAAAAAAUGCAGCUGAUGAUAGGGAAACACAGGAAAAGAUGGAAACAGUUGAUGAUGAGGGCCAUGCGAUUCAAGCAUCAAACAGUGGUCAAAUAUCAUACCAACAUAAUACCAAUAUUAUAACUACCUCAUCCCAUGAACCACAGGGGGCCACAUCACCAGAAUCAUUAGUAGAUGUUAAAAAGGAAAACAAAGAUAUUCCUGAACCAAAUAAUUCAUCAAUUUCUGGAAAUUUGCAGAUUGAUACAAAAAACGUUUCAGAAUAUCCAGAUAAAAAAAUUACCAUGACUGACUUUGCAGGACAAUGUUCAUAUUAUGCGUCGCACCAGAUUUUUUUGAGUCCUCGUGCAUUUUUUAUUCUGGUGCUGAAUAUGGAGAAGAAGUUUGAUGAUAAGGUUGGAGAAGAAGUGUGUUGUCAGGAAGACUCCGUUUACGGGGGAUGGACACACAGAGAUUAUCUUGAGUUCUGGAUGAAGUCCAUACACCAGUACAGCAGUGAUGAGGCUCCUGUCAUUCUGGUUGGUACACACUGUGAGAAUAAAACAGAGAAGGAAAAAGCAUUGUUUUUCCGAGAAGUAUGGAAGACUCUUGACAUGAAGAAGAAGUCUUUGCAAAAACAUAUUGAUGUGAAGAGACAAUUUGCAGUUGGAUUCCAUGAUAAUGAAAGCAUUGAAAAACUCAAGCUGUCCAUUGCUGAUGUCGUUUGCAAGCUUGAUCACUGGGGUGAAGAGCUUCCACAGUCAUGGGCUAUGUUUGAAACAUUCUUUCGGGAAGAAAGAAUCAACAAGAUUUUGAGUAGGGGUAAACUUGAGUCUUUCAAUGAAACAUUGCCAGAGGGAAUAAAGCUCAAUGCUAUUGAAGAUGUUGAUGCCAUGCUACAGUUUUUCCAUGACAUCAGAGAAAUUAUGAACUUCAAUCAACAAUUCCUCAAUGAAGUUAUUAUUCUCGAUGUUCAAUGGUUUGCAGAUGCAUUUAAAAAUGUCAUUACAGAUAAAAACCAUGUAAAAGAAGAUUUAUUUGAAUUUGCUUCAGAAUGGGACAAAUUCAAUGAAACUGGAGAGUUAGACGAACCUCUCCUAUCUGCUAUAUGGCAAAUGAACAACAAUGGUUACAUUGAACAUAAAAACGUCAUCAUGCUGUACAUGGAGAAGUUAGGACUCUUAGCUAAAAUGAGCGACAAAACAUGGUAUGUCCCCUGUAUGAACAAGAUGCAAUUUCCAGUACACUGCUUCACAUCAUACCCUGCCUCCUCUAUCCUUUGCUACACGUUUGAUGUUCUUCCUGUGGAAAUUUUCCAUCGACUUGUCGCAACUUGCAUACAAAUUCCUUGGGACAUUUUUUCUGAUGAAGACAGAGGAUGCAUUUACCAGACUGCAGCUAUUUUCCAGUUUCAUGACCAAUACCAUAACAUCAUGCUUGGAAUGACUCAAACAGAAAUUCAGGUACAGGUGUUUGUUGUUGACGGAAAAGUUGAUGUUUCAACCUGUCACCAGAUUAGAGAAAACAUUGAGCGUAUAUUAUACAACCUCUCCAACACGUUCCAGAAAAACUCAGAUUUCCAGAUUGCAUUCAAAUGCAAAUCUACUGGAUUUUGUGACAGCAGAGAAAGCGCUGUCAUUAGUGAAUCUAAGUUUAUCAAAGAAACUUUUCUGUGUCCAUCCUGUCCGGCAAACAAAAAGCAUCGUAUCAUCACAGAUGAUAUAAAAAAAUACUGGGAACAGACAAACCAGAGUAAUCCUAGCACUUCCACGGCUUCUGGACAAGAUCUCCAGGGCCGAUCCAGAUUUGCAAAACUUGGAAUGGCAACAAACGAUGUCUUAAAUCAGGCCUACAGAGAUAUUCUAGAAUCAGAAGUCCCCCCUUCUGAUAUUGAAAGCAAAGUGAAUUCAUUAUCUAACAAGGAAAGGAAGAAUUUGAAGUUGAACCCAGAUCAAGAAGAUCUUUUGAAAAAAGCAAAAAAUACUGGAUAUAAGGAAUUCGAUAUUUCCUUUACAUACAAAAUGAUAAGAAACAUUUGUUCAACGAUCCCUAAACCAACAAAAGGAAAAUGGGGAGAAGAGCCAACAGCAGGUGAGGUGACAGUGGGUGACGAUAUAGAAAGAAUUAGGUUUAUACGAAAUAGACUGGCUGCACACGUGAGCUCAGCUUCUACCCCUCAAAAAGAAUUCAACGACACCUGGUCAAUGAUGUCAGAUAUCUGUCAAAGAUUGGAAGCCUUCACUGGAAAGAAGUACUUGGCUGAACUUAAUAAUAUUAAAAUACUGACCUUGAAAAGGGAAGAUGAAGAAUCUAUUAUACAAAAGCUUAACAUGGAACAUCACGAAAUGUUAAAGACUCUCAUGUCAGAUAUGCAAGAAAUGAAGUUAGAUGUAAAAGAUAUUAAAAAAGCAGUUAUGAAGCCAGAGAACACAGGUGCAAUGAACAAUGCGUAAGACCUACAGUGAAAAUCUUCAGUAAAUACAUGUGUGCAACUUCAAUGCUUAUCUCAGCGAAUUUCUCAUUGACAUCAUUGAUAUUUUGCAAUAUACACUGAAGUAGGCAUGGGAAUUGACCAUCCAAGAAUGCUGUUGAAAUUUAAAGAUAUAUGUGAGGUUUACGAAGCAUUGCCUUCUUUUUGCGGUAUGGGAAAUUCCUGGGUACAUAAAAAAAUUUAAAAAAAAUUCUGGACAAUUUUGAGAUUUUCAGAAAGUGCUUGAAAAACCUUACCUUAAAUACAGAUUGUUUAUUCGUUUAUCAUUAUUAUUUUUAUUAUUAUUUUAUAAUUAAUCAUUUUUUGCUCAACUUUUUUCUCGUGUGAACUAUUGCUAAAUAUCUUUAGUCCUUCGUCAGCAAUCAUGCGUCGAUCUUAAAGUUUUGAAUAUUUCCAGCUUCCUUUCUAUACCAAUCUAAAAUUUGGCAUGUAGAUUUAAUACAAGAAGAGGUUCAAAACAAUGACUUUUAUGGUCCCUGUCCGCUCCUCUUCGGAACUUGGGAAUUGGGCUAGAACUAUUACUUUCUAAAUCUGGUUCUGUACUUUUGGAUAUCAAGCAAUCAAACAAUUAUUGUAAUGUUAAUAAAUAUUGAGCACGUAAUCAAAAUCGUGAAAUUCAUGGCUCAGGACUUUGGACUGAGGAUGACGCUCUUGUGAUGAUGUACAAACUGUAGUGAAAGUGCACAUAUGUUUCUCAGUCGCUCUGCAUAUUAAGAAGAUAAGGUUAAUUUAUAAUGUGGAGCAUGUUUGCUUCCAUAUGUCUCCAUAUGAGUGAAAAAUUCUUUUAAGGGACGUUAAUAGGAACAGCCAAUCAAUCUAAACUUCGAUUGGCAACAAACGAUGGGUCUAAAUCAAGCAUUCAGAGAUAUACUGGAGAUGGAGGUUCUUCCUACCUUUGUUUAUAAUAAUGUACAUGUAAAAGCAUCAACAAAUUCUCUCAUUGAUCUCAAAGAUUGACACAUUUGUUCCGCUAUUCCCAAACCAACUAAAGAAAAUGGAGAGUGGAGCAUUCAACACAAAAAGAAACAGUGGGAGAUGAUAUCGAAAGUAUUGGGUCAAUCCGGAACAAUUGACGCGAACUUGGCCUCCACCUCUCAGACAGAAUUUGAAGACACCUGGUCAUUGAUGGCAGAUAUUUGCCAAAGUUGGGAAACUUUCACUCGAAAGACUUAUUUGGAUAAACUUAAUAAAAUUCAGAAACCUACAUUAAGAAAGGAAACUGAUGAUGCUGUUAUUGAAAGGAUUAAAAUGGAAAAUCAGCAUGAAAUAAAAUGGCAAUACUGUCUGAUUUGUAAGAUAUUAAAUCAGCAGUAUUGAAGUUUGAAAGCAAUAAUGAAACAAAUUAAGAGUAUUAUUCAUAGAACUUAUGACUAGAAUGAAUGUGUAAAUAACUAAACUAGUCUUUAUUGAAUAGCAAUAAUUUUGUUUGUAGGAUUGGAUACUUAUAUGUGACUUGUAUUGAUAAGUUAAUCAAAGCUCCAGAAUUUUACACACUUAAAUAUUGUAAUAUUGUUAUCAUAAUUCUGGAACUACUGAUAUACAGAAAGGAUGCUACAAAUUAGGUGUAUUACUCGUAAAACCUAUGACUACAUGACUACAUGAAUGUGUGUAUCACUAACCUAUUAAUUAUCGAAAAGCAAAAAUUUUGUUUGUAGGAUUCGAUACUUAUAUGUGACUUGUAUUGAGAAGUUAAUCAAAGCUCUAGAAUUCUACACAUUUUAAUAUUGUCGGAAUUCUGGUGCCAAAGAUUACAAUGAAUUUAUCCUUUCUUUACAAGAACCCAAAGAUAGAGAGAAAUUCGAGGAAAAGGGCAUAGGAAAGUCACAUUUCAAGAAAUAUCAGAAUGCAAAUAAUCUUGCAUUUAAAUAUUGUGUACUCAAUAAUUUUGCUAUGCUAAUGAAAUGUAGUAGGAUUCAUUAUUUUUUUAUACCUUGUGUCAUGAGGUCAUUGUAUUUUUCUUUGUAAAUGAUAUUGCCAAAGUAAUGUUCUUUAUUUAAGCACGAUUAUUCUUCCAUUACCUAAAAUGCGACCUGUGUUAUUCUCAAGUUGUUUUGUUAACGUUACUAGUACAGUGUAUAAUCAAAAAUCUGUACAAUCACUUUUGAUUUGAUAACCCCAACCAAAAAAUACUACAGGAAACUAAAGUUUAAUACUAUACUAAACUAUAGCAUCAAUGUAAGAGCUUUGAUUUACUAUAGUGAAAACUUUUGAACUUUAAUUACCACAAAAAAGAAAAACUGAUUUAUAGCACACAAAACUUUGAAAAUUGAUAUUCUAUUCUAAGAAAAUUGAAUCUUUGGUUUACUAUAGUAAAAAAAAAUCGAAAAUAAAAAUCCGGUAAAAUUGUUCAUUAUAGUUACAAUAGUACAUGUAAACUUUAGUUUAUUAUAGAAUUUUUUUUUAUUGAAGAAUGUUUUUAUGAAUACCAAGAUGAAAGAAUCUGGGGGGAUUAGGCGAGUCAAUUCCCAAAGGGGUUUUAUAGUUCUGUAGGCAUAUCGGAAUUUCAUAGUCGUAAUAUUUACCCAAGCAUUUAAACUUUGUACAGCUCUGUUCAAUAACAAUAUUUUCAUUUCAAUGAAUUUCCCCUUAUGAUUCUUUACAAAAUAAAAAGCAGUUCAUUUUCUAAUGAACUAUAUAACAUAUGUACCACGAAUAAGCAUGGUUAUUUCUCUAGAUCGUUAGCUCUUCUGAGCCAAAAGCUCAAAGAACUAAUGUUAUGACCAUUUGUGUGGUUUGCGGUGUGCAUAUACUUUUUAGAAAAUAGGCCAUAACUCAAGAACCCCUUGACCAAUCAGUACCAAAUUUGUCACAGGGUAUCCUUGGCCCAAGGCUACCAGUUUUACUAAAAUAAGGGUUGGGUCCCUUAAACAAGGGGAGAUAAUCGGGAAAACAAAACCCAAAGCACUGGUUGCUAAAAAUCUUCUCCAUAACCACCAGGCAGAUUUUCACCAAACUUACAUACAAGGAUCAGGAUAUGUCGAAGAUUAAAAUUUGCAAGAGGGAUUACCCAGGGGCAAAGGGCAUGGUCUCAAGGCCACUUCAAAGUUGACCUCAAUUUUCAAUUAAUAAAAAUGUGUAUAUUUUGCUUACUAUAAGGACUAGAAUCAUCAAAUCUUGCAUCUUAUGACUUCACAUCAGGUUAACUCAAAAGUAGGUCACGGUGAUCUACUUCCUAAAUUUUGCAGGGAUUUGUUUUCAAAUUGAUUUGAAGGCAUAUUUUGGACACUUUAAGGCCUAUAAUCAUCAAACUUUAUCAGUUGAUGCAUCUUGGGUCCUCGAACAAUGUCAACUUAAAAGUAUGUCACCUUGACCUAUUUUGUGAACUUUAAGACUAAUCCUUUUAAAAACAUUAAAACCCAUUAUUUCAGACAAUGGGAGGUUUAGAAUCAUCAAAUCUUGUACUUUGAUGCAUCUUGGGACCUUAAAACUUGUUUUCACAUUGUUUAAAGCACAUAUAAUGAUGACCCUCAGACCUACAAUCAUCAGACUUGGUGAGUAGAUGCAUCUUUGGUCUUGAAAAAUUUCGACCAAAAUGUAGGUCACGAUGACCUACUUUCGACAUUUUAUAGCUAUAUUAUGUAUCUUAGGUUUUAAUUAACUUAGAAUCAUCAAACUUUGUGAGUCGAUGCAUAUUUGGUUUUCGAAUAGUGACGACAAAAUAGUAGGUCACGGUGACCUACUUUUGACAUUUUAUGGCUUUAUUUAAGUAUCUCCGGUAUUUAUUGGCUUAGAAUCAUCAAACCUUUUGAGUUGAUGCAUCUUGUGUUUUUGGAGAGUGGCGACCAAAAAGUAGGUCAUGGUGACCUACUUUUGACAUUUUGUUGCUAUAAUUAAAUAUCUCUGGUACUUAUUGACCAAAAAUCAUCAAACUUUGUCAGUUGUUGCAUCUUGGGUUUUCUUAGAUUGUCGACCAAAAAGUAGGUCACAGUUACACACUUUUGACAUUUUAUGGCUAUGUUUAAGUAUCUCAGGCACUUAUUGGCUAAGAAUCAUCAAACUUUUUCAGUUAAGGCAUCUGGGUUUUCGGAGAAUGUCGAUUAAAAAGUAGUUCACAUUGACCUACUGCAGAAUAUCUCAGGUACGUAUUAGCUUAGAAUUAUCAAUCUUUCUCAGUUUAGGCACCUUGGGUUUUUGGAGAACGUCGAACAAAAAGUAGGUCACUGUGACCUACUUUUGACAUGUAUGGCUAUAUUUAAUUAUAUCUGGUACUUAUUGGCUCGGAAUCGUCAAACUUUGUCAGUCAAAGCAUCUUAGGGUUUCAUUGAAUGUCCAACAAGAAGUAGGUCACGAUGACCUACUUUUGAAUAUCUCAAGUACUUAUUUAAUUAGAAUCAUCAGUCUUUGUCAAUAAAUGUAUCUUGAGUCCUCAGAAAAUUUCAUUGAAAAGGUAGGUCACUGUGACCUACUUAUGGUAUUUUGAAAUUAUAUUAUAAUAUCUUCAGUCUUAAAUGGCUAAAUAGUAUCGAACUUUAUAAGAUGAUGCAUUUUGGGUCUUAUGAUACUAAUAAAGUUGGAUCGUCUAAUAGAAGUGAUAGAUUGUACAAUUUAUCAGAACAGCGAUUCAAGGCCCUUGGGCCUCUUGUUACGUCAUAAUAUAUACCGCACUUGAUAUCAAAACAUAUAGUGCACACUGUUUUGCUUCAAAAAUGAUUGCUGAAUGGCGUGAAUGUAUGGCAAGUCAUCAAAACAAUAAUGUUAAUAUAAGAAAUGAAUUGAAUUAUUGAAGAUUAAUGAGGUAUAUGAACUACAACGCUUCACGCCGGCAUAUUUAUCAUGAAGCGCUGACGCGCUUCAUGAAAUAUGCCGGCGUUAAGCGUCGUUGUUCAUAACCUCAAGCUUUAAAAAUUUCAAUUCAUUCUUUAAUUACUAUAUUUUCAAACCUUGGGGUUAUUGUUACGAUUCGACUUAGUUUUUCCCAAGUACAUGCUUUUGACAUCAUUUGCAUUCAACGGAUAUAAGUACAUGUACUUGGGAAUCUAUGAAAACAUCUGUUCUGGACUCACUUGGUACUACCAUGAUACCUUAUCUUGCAUUACAAAUUACGCAUUUUAUGUGAUUUUCCAGCAGACACAAAAGAAAGUGGUAUACUAGAUCUACUGGUAAAAUUAUCUUUUGGCGCACACUGUACUAUAGACUUGGCAUUAAUUCUGCAUUUGGUACAGAUUUCACUUUUAUCAUCUAGUUGAUAUCCAUGUUCUAUCAAAUAUGUUUUCAUGGGUUGGGAGAGAGUACAUGUACGUUUAGCGCUUCCUUUUAUCUGUUAUUGUAUACAGAACAGUCAUAUCGAGCUAGUAUACCCAUGAUGUUUGACAUUUCAGUUUUGUAAUGUAUUGUCGAACUGAAUGCAUUUAACAUGUUAUAUAUCUUGAAACCUUGUUUAUUAUAGGAAAUAUAUUUAUUGACCGUAAAUAAAUUCAUUAUUUUAUUUA